GCUGGCCGGACGUCUUGGGCCUGGUGAAGUCAGAGCGCCAGAGCCUGGGUUUUCUUCGUCAGUGAGGCUGCUGGCGACGACGGCGACGAUACUCGCUCUCCGCUCGCGUCUGGAGUACGAAGGGGUGUCGCGCUGUUCUGGCUGCGCUGCAAGGGAGUCUUUGAAAUAUCCUGGACGGAAGGCUUUGCCAGAGGCAGAGGUUUUUAUUUGUGAAAGACAUUGAAGACUGGUUUUAUUUUCAAUUUCGAAGUAAAAUAAACUCGGAAUGUUUAUCGUUGUACGAUUUAUGACUGUCACCAGUGAGAACACAAAGCAUUCGAUAUUUAGCUGAAAGGGAAUAUAGAUUGUCUAUUUACAAACAAAAAGAGGACAGAAAAGAAAUCGUAGAACUGGCAGCAGAUCGAAACACGAAUCAGAAAAGUGUGAAGUGUCGGUGACUUCAACGAACGCCAUGCCAUGAUCCCGGCCGCCUCCUGAGGUGCCACCGAAGGGCCGCGCCAUGAGCGAGCAGGACAGCGAGCGCCGAGGCAUCCGCCCCACCGACGGCAACAACAACGACGGCGGAAGUGCGAGCAGCAGAGGCAGCAAGAUGGAGGAGAAGUACGGCCUCCGCCCCAGGACGAUCAUCAAGCGGCUGCAGCAGGAGCGGGUCCGGCAGGAGGUUCCCAAGAAGCAGUCGAGGACCAAGUCGAGGCCGGCGCCGUUGUCGAAAUAUCGAAGGAAGACAGCGAACGCCCGGGAACGUCACCGCAUGAGGGAGAUCAACAACGCCUUCGAAUCCCUGCGCAAAGUCCUCCCGGAGGCCAUGGAGUUCCAGACGAGCUCCUCGUCCAUGACCAAGAUCACGACCCUCCGUCUGGCCGUCAGCUACAUCAGGGCGCUGUCGAACGUGCUCGAAGACGAGGGCGAUACCGAUCUCGGGGCCCUAGAGAACAGCCUGCAGAGCUCCCUGCAGGAGACCAUACAUCACACGCUCCAAAACACCCUCCACAAGUCCAUGGAUCCUGCCGGGGGCAUGACGCACCUGCACUACCAGCAGUACGCCUACGGGCAGCAGUACGUGCCCCAGCUCGCCCAGGGAGCGGAUUACUGUUCGCCCUCAAGCACCACGUCGGCCUCCAGCUCGCCCUCCACCGUCCGUGGAUCCCUGAGCAGCACCAGCGACUUCGAGGAGCUGCUCUCCGAUGACUCGGCCUUGCUCGAGGACAACCUCGACGUGUUCCACGACAUCCCGACGCUGCCCGAGGCCGACCCCUUCGACAUUCUGCUCGGCGCGGAGAAAGGCGGCCUCGCCUUCACCGCGCACUUGUGCAGCUAAGGCCGAUUCCCUGCGGCGGGCGGCUGAGCUGACAGGAAUGGAGAUUUUCUGCUCAUUAUCCGGAUGACGAGGUGGCGGCGGCAUCAUGUGCGUGACUGAGGGGGUAAUCCGCCGAGAGUACAGCCACUUUCGCUGCAUGACUUAUAAGGACAAAGGCUGGAAAUGUGCUGACGAGUGUUCAGCGGACGGCCAUCCUGAGCCGCCAUGACCAGCGCUGAAAUAGGUCACUGUGUUUCCCACGGCAGAAGUCUUGUUUGGUCAAUAGCUUCCUUAUAAGGCAGGUCUUGCGUACCGUCGGUGACAGUAAGAUGUUUUACCAGGCUGCUAAAACAUUCUUAAUUGUCACUUGUUUCUGCAGUCUUAGCAACAAAGGGUAAUAGUGUUCUCUAACCCCAGGCUCUGAAAGGCAGUCGACCCCAUUCGACGCCUUCUGAAGCAACUGGAAGAUCAUGACAAUUGCAAUUCAGCAUCUGAAAAACACAAGAUAUAAGGACUUUAUUUCCUGAACAAAGACAUUCCCGGUGUGUGUUUUUCCUUGGAACUCUGCACGAUCUUUCUAAUCCCGAAGCAAGAAGGAGGAAGAGAGAAAGAUAGGAACAAGUGAUGGUGUCUGAUUAGAUAAAGGAAAGCGGUUGUACCUAGUCAGCUCACAAUGCCCCGUUCGUUUGAUGGAGGAGUUAUAAUCGUUUGGUGAACAAUCGAGAACAAUGGUUCGAGAACAAGAGAGAACUUAUUCUGAAAGGAACGAUGCUAGUCUAGUGUAAUAAUGUGCCAUAAUGUAUGAACAAUGAUCAUUAAAAAGAAGAAAAUCAGUAAUCACUUGACAAACUUUAUGGUCUGAUAUUUAUGUGAUUUAUUGUGUAUUUUCUAUUUAUUUAGUAAUUAAUUAUGUAAGAGUUUAAUGUACAAAAAUAUUGUGAAUACAUUCCUUUUAUAU